GAUUUGAAAAGAAACAUUUCAAUCGAAGACGAAUUUGGUAGACCUCUUUUAGCAGCUGACGUCUUUGGAAUGUCAAUCAAGUUCUUGGUAGAUGAUAUGCUGAAAAAUGCUAACAAGGGAAUAGAUGGCAUCAUCAAACCAUGGGAAAUUCACUUGGUUGUAACAGUUCCUGCAAAAUGGCUGGAAUAUGUAAAGAACGACGAGCCCGAAGCAGCUUCGUUGUAUUGCAGGCAUUUGCAUAUUCAUAAACCUGGUGAUCUUGGUAAUGUAUCAAUGAAUAAGUUACCAAUUGGCACAAAGUACAUAGUCGUUGAUGCAGGAGGUGGAACAAUAGACAUAACAGUACACGAGACAGGAAGUCAGCAAACACUGAGAGAAGUAAGACCAGCAAGUGGUGAUGAUUGGGGAGGUAUAAUGGUUGACAAGGAAUUUGAAAAAUUGCUUGUUAGUUUGGUAGGACAAACCGUUUUUGAAGAAUUCAAACAUACCGAAAAAGAAGAUUGGCUUGACAUGCUCAAAGAAACGAGAGGCAAAUUUGGACAGUGA